UUAACAAAGGAAAGCCAUAUAUGAUAAGAUACACGAUCCAGCAGCACAGCGCCUUGUGCAAUGCUUUAAACGAGGGUAUAAGGACAUUAGGAAUGAUUUGCCUUGACAUAGGCGCUCAUGUACGUAAUUUGCUGACUUUACCACACAGUUCAGUGGAUGAUCCUGAGCGGAUAUUACAAGAUGAAUUUGGGACAAUACAAGAUAUGCUGCAGAACUACGCAACCAAACGCAAAUUUGUAUUUAUGGCAAUGCUUGAAUGCUACGAAGGGAGGAGUUACAGAAAGGAUGAUCUGUUUGCCAUAACCCAUUUGAACACUGGAGUUUACUUCAUGUACAGCAACAUGUUACAGCUGCACAAUGAAACGAAAUCCUAUAUAGAAACAAGUGUUAUACACUCAGAUAUUCUCGAACCCCCUCUUAGGAACUUGGCGUUUCUUUUGAACGACAUUAGCAUGCCCCGUAAUAACCACAAAGUUUUGAAGUGCAUCAAACCACUUGACGAUGCUAAUGGAAAUGUAUUAUCCACAAAAUCCACUUUGAUCACCUUAUUCAAUGAGUUCCUCGUCGAUGCACCUACUCUACAACGUAUGGAGAGAUACUUUGAAAGCAUGAAAAAUGUCCAGUUUCCAUUUAAACCUGAAAAGUGGAUAUAUUUGGUGGAUGAAUAUUUUAAUUUAAAGUCUGCAAUGGAGAAGAUAUGGUUGUAGCAGAGGUUGAUUCCAUACAUAAAGGAAUCUUUAGUAAACCUUAACUAUACAUUAGAAAUAAUUAAAGAAAAGUUACC